AUGGGGGUGGCAGGGGGAGGAGAGCAGGCCAGAGGGGCCAGGGCUGGCAGCGGUGCAGGGGACCUGGUCCUGGCUUCACAGCCUGUCCCCUCGCACCCCGCGUGCCCCCGGCUCUCCCCCCGUUCAGCACCGCGGACAGAUCCCGGCCCCGCUCUCACGUGGCUCCCCCCGCCCCUAUAUAGCGCGGGGCGCGGAGCGGCGCGUCCUGCGGGAGGAGCGGAGCGAGCGGAGCGCCGGAGAGCGGCUUCUGGCCCCGAAGUGGCUGCGAUGCGGGUCAGGAUGAUUUCAGCUGCCUCCGUCCUCGUCCUGCUCUUCCUGCCCUCGGAGACCUGCUCCCCACUGCAGUGGCCCCGGGGUCCGUCCCGCAGGCUGACCCUGGCCCCACAGCUCACCUGGGAGCCCUGGAUGGGAGCCCCGAGACCCCCGGUCCCCGCCACCGAUUCCCUGCCCCAAAGACUGUGCCUGUUCCACGGGGCAGAGCUCGCCCCGGCCCCCCGAGCCCGGCGGGCGCUGCAAACCGGCAAGAGGCGAGACGGAAAACCCAACUCGUUGGAUCUCACCUUCCACCUCCUGCGCGAGUUCCUGGAAAUGUCCCGGGAGGAGAGACUGGCGCAGAAGGCGCUCAGCAAUAAGCUCUUGCUGCAGAGUAUAGGGAAAUGAGGGAGGGUCGUUGGAGGCGGGGGAAUGAAGAAGACCGACCCCGUAACAAGACACCACGGCAGAGCGGAGAACGGGGGGCAUGCUGUGGGCUGCAGCCGUGCCCAGGGAGUCCCCACCUUGCCUGGCAGUGUUCCUGUCGCUGCGUCCCGCGUGUCACUGUUGUGCAUUAAAGUCACAGUCGUACCUGC